AUUUAUAGUGAAAACAAAGAUGGCUUCGUCACAAGCAGGAAUCUCAUCUCGAUCUCGCAAAUCAUAUAAUUCUGAAGGUAGCCUUCCUCAAAGUCCUUUGGGUGCCACACCACGCCCUGAUCUUAGGCAGCACUAUCCAUCUCCACCACCCCCAAGCGUGUACCAGUUUAAUUAUUCCUGGAGUGCUUCAGAUACCGUGGACUACGGCACGCAGGAGACCUCAGAGUUCACACAACUGAGGGAAAGGCCAGCAGCUGGACCGGAGGCACUCCAGGAGGGAAGCACUCGAAAGUCACUCCUCAUCCUAGCUCUCAUUUUUGUGUGUGCCUUGGUAGCCUUGGGGGUGGUGUAUUCCAGCUUUCCACAGCUGGAUAAAGAUGAGUUGCAAUAUAUUAAACUUCCCCGCGAUAUAGAGGAUGCGAAAAACCUUGGGCGACUUUUACAUCGCUACAAUGACAAAUACUUCUAUGAAGUACUCUCUGGAUAUUUUGUCGUUUUCAUAUUUUUGCAAACUUUUGCUAUACCAGGUUCUAUAUUUCUAAGUAUAAUAUCUGGGUUCCUGUACCCAUUUCUACUAGCCCUGCCAUUAGUGUGUACAUGUUCUGCUCUAGGAGCAUCUUUCUGUUAUUUGUUGUCAUACAUGGUGGGCAGACGCGUUGUACAGAAAUAUUUCCCUCAAAGGGCAGCCGAUUGGAAAAGACAUGUUGAUAACCAUCGUGAGCAUUUGUUCAACUACAUCCUCUUUUUGAGAAUCACCCCUUUCCUGCCGAACUGGUUCAUCAACAUCACCUCACCAGUGAUCGACGUUCCACUUUUCACAUUCUUCCUGGGCACCUUGUUUGGUGUGGCCCCUCCGUCCUUUGUGUUCAUCCAGGCGGGCACCACGCUGAACAAACUGACGUCUACCUCGGAGGCCUGGUCCUGGAUGAACAUCGGCCUGCUGGCUGUCUUCGCCCUGGUGGCUCUCCUCCCCGUUGUGCUCAAACGUCAGCUGAGGGCCAAGCUGGAGUGAGCACGACUCGGGGGGGGGGGGUCUUCUUAGAGAACGGUCAACUCAUGAAUCUUUUAUUUUAUGUGUCGGGUGGAUUUUUUUCUUUUAACACGGAUAAGUUUGGAAACUUUAGUUUUAUGUUUGUAUCUAUGAUGCGAAACACAGUGGAGACUGCUCAAACUGAACUCGGUUCAUCUGAUAGUGUUUUGUUUUGCUUGGGGCUCUGAGACUUGGUUCGAUACUUGAAACAAAAAUCUUUAUGUGUCUGGAGUUACUGUGGCUCUAUUGCGGAGAACAUCUUGUGAUGGGUCAUGUAAAAUUUUUUGGCCUUUGAUAAGUUUUGAAAACUAAAUUGAAUGUUGUUUUAAAUAUAUUUAUGUUUUUUAAUAAGGGCUGCUUAGAUGUGUCUUGUGCUGAAAGAGAACUCAGGAUUUUCCUUCAAUUCUCGAAAUUAUUAGAGACAGAUGCAUUUCGAAACACAGUGGAGUCUGGUCAAACUGAACACAGUUAAUCUCAAAACAGCGGUACACCAAAGUAGAAUAAAUUCCGGGUGCUUUUUUUUUCUUUCUAUUUAAGCAACAUUUCUAAACAGAAGAAAAUCUGUGGUCCAGCUUGUUUCGGUUUCAGCAGUUUUCACUGUAAUUUUUUUGCUUUUUAAAUUUUAGUUUUGGUUCAAAACUAAAAACCACAUUUACUUUAUUUGCGUAAAGUUCUUGUGGGUUGAGUCGUUGUUCAAACUGAAUGUCGCUCGUCACACUUAUGUAAGUGGUCAGGCAGUAUUAGAUGCGUACUUGAACGUUGUAGGGUUCUUCUCGUGUUGUGGAUAUUUGUUCCUUGAAGGGUGUGAUCUGACCAUCAUAGAGUUGAGAAAAGCCAGAACUUAUGUAGGUGUCGACCGAUUCAACUUGGAACAGAUGGGUGACUGGAAAAGACCUCGAUGGUUUACGUUUUUUGAGAGCAUCUGAGGGAAAUGACUGGUGGUGAGCCAUGGUCGCCAGUGUCUCAUGUCAGCUCUGAUACUUGAACAGAAGAAGAAAACGUUGACUUCAUCUUUUUCUUUUUAUACUUUCAAACAGUACUUUUAUACUGUUUUCAAAGACAGUCUGACAGUAGGUCCCCCAUGGUUUGCACACACUGUGCAGUGCAGUCCGCUUCAGAUCAUCGAGACUGUGCGGUCCCCCAUGGUUUGCACACACUGUGCAGUGCAGUCCGCUUCAGAUCAUCGAGACUGUGCAGUUUUCUCUCCAAUGGUGUAGCAAAUUGCCUAGUCUGUGCUCUUUGUGUUAUGAAGCGUGUACUGUACUCCAGGAUAAAGUGGCUGUUCUCAGGGCCCUAGCCACUGUGACAGAAGAGUGUGCCACCGACUUAAAAUUUGGAGUGCAUGUGCUGACUCCGUCUGUCAUGGUUGCAGCAGUGUCGGAAGAUUGUGACCCAAUCUGCCCUUCUCUGGAGGUAAAAAGUUGACAAAUGUUUCAGAAGGAAAGGAGAGUUUAGUUAAUAUGACGUUCAGUUUCAUCAUACUGCCUCAUAUUCGAAGAAUUCAAUUUUAAUUACAAUUAAUGUUCGUUUAUUAGCUUUUUGAAGUUUUGUUUCUAUUUUCAUUUUCAUUAUUGGAUGUAGUUGAGCUCUCAGACUGGCUGAAAACACAUCAUGUUAUUUGUCAAUACACCUUUUUUAAUUGUUAAACUUCAUGCACUUUCAUCCGUUCAUUCACCAUUGGCAAAAGUUCCCAAGUAACUUGCAAUAACUUUGAUAUAGAUCUGUUAAGUUGGAACCGAAAUGUUCAAAUUUGUAUUGGGUUACAUUGAAGUGAUCUGAAUACAGCAGUGGAUGCUGACAUAUUUUUGUUUCUUUCAUGCAUGGUCACUUGAGCACACAUAGAAUAUGCAAUGGCGAAUAAUUAAAUGUCAUAAUUAUGUUCACUGAAAGUGCCAUGGACUAAUACAGGCAUGGGCAAGAGUGCAAGUGGCAGGCCUGAGUAAGUGAUUUUGAAUAUCUAGUGGGUCAAAAGCAUGAGACAUUUAGGUGAAAUUGGUUGAAAGGCCCAAACUCUCAAAAGUGAGACUAAAACUGACACGGAAUCUUAUGUUACACAAGGGCAUUUCAUGAGAAGAAAUGUUAGAUCUAUUGCCUUCAGGCGGGCCGCAAACCACUACUUGUGUUUUUCAAAAUGGACAGUUUUGUUUAUAUUAAUUAUAUAUCAACUUUCAGUGGGCCAUAUUCACAAUUAAUUUCAGGGUUGACUUGCGGGCCGGACUGAAAUUGCUUGCAGGCCGUAGGUUGCCCAUGCCUGGACUUAUUCUUUCUAUAUAUUUGGUAUAAUGUUGUGGCAAACAAUACUCAGCUUUUUGCAAGUCGGGACAGAAUUAGAAAAUGUUUCCUACAGCUCAUCAGUAGUCAGUAUGAUUUGUAAUGUGUUGGUGUGUGAGUAACAUUUCCUUUGUGCAAUGUUGUACGGAUCUGUCCAAUUCCGCAGUGACUGGGUGUCUGUUUUUUUUUGUGGUCUUUUUGAAGAUCUCUAUGUUGUUGCACAUCAACUUGAAAUCAGAAAUUGUAUUUAUUUAUUUCAUGUGAGAGGAGGUAAUGCAUGGCGCCUGUGUGAUCUUUUACUUCUUGUACGGAGCACACCGGAGCACAUCGGAUGGAUGUUAAAAAAACUCAACAAAUGUAUUGUCGUUUUGCUCACCAUGUAUGGAUGUAACAUUAACCAGUGAGUUUCUUUGUGAUACUGUACCGGCUUGCCAACCGUCCCAAAUGUUCCCGGGAUUGUUCCAGGGAUUGUUCCCGAUUCGGCAAUCAGAAAUUUGAGAGUCUUCAUUCGUACGCAUCACUAAAACCAGUCCCACUUGGAUGUAAUUUUGUGUGCUGUUUUGUAAUCUAAAGGUUUUAUAAUCUAAUGUUUUUUAACUUUUGGGCGUCUCUGACUGGGUUUUGAAAAAGUUGGCAAGCCUGUACUGCGUAACCGCUCCCCAACCUGUUGACUGCUUCAGAUGUCGUAACGUUUAUGUAGAGACGGGUGUAAGCAUGGCUUUUUGUAUGCGCGGUGUGUCAUCAUCAUCAUUGCCUUUUUUUCUGCCUUGGAUCAGGGUAUAGGUAUAGGCCUCCGACAAACAUUUUCCACUUUUCCCUGUCUUGGGCGAGCUUCUUGACUUUAUAUACUCCCAUGUCUUUCCACGGUCUGUAUUUCAUUCUCUGUGACGCUUUAUUCAGGUUUCACAUGGCCUUCCCCUUGAUCUUUUACCCUGUGGAUUUCUAUCCAAAACUUUCCUGCAUAGAGUGUACUCACUUUGAGAACUUGAUUAGAUGAGUGACCAGGAAAAUAUAACAUUUUCUAAAGAGCAUCUGAGCGAGGACAUGAGUCGCAAACCAUGAUGGCAGUAAUUCUUUUCAGAUUAGCAUGUGAA